ACACACACACAGACGUAUAAAGGAUCACGUAAAAGAUGCGCACAUUCAAAGCCAGUCAUCCACUUGUACAUACACAUACUCACACGUAUACACAGAUAAGCUGUCAUACACACAGAUAAGCUCUUAUACACACUCACAAACACACUCUGACAUACGUACAUACACAAACCUCUUCGCUUUGAUACUGACUAGCAAACUCUCUCACGCAGUCAAAAUCACACAGCUAGAUACAUACAUAAACACAAUCACAUACUGACAUAUGACAUACGUACACGUUUUUUUGUAGAUGCAUACACAGAUAAGAUGGAAAGAUAAGUACAAUUACAUCUACACUUAUAUAAUUAGACACACAAACGCACAUAUGUAUAUAUGGAGAUAAAUCAAGGAAGUCGGUGAACGCCUGGGAUUUACACAAAACCACGCACACACAAACACACUCAUAGACGGAAGCGGGCACACAUACAGACACACAGAUACACGCACACACAUACACACAAUCACAUACACACUAGUAUAAACACUGUUGGUUAUAAAUACAUACACACAUAUAUACUUCCUGUUUUACACAAAUAUACUCAAACACAUACAAUAUACGCGCGCGUACAUCUAUAUAUAUAUAUAUAUACAUAUAUAUAUAUAUAUAUUGAUAUAUAGAUGUAUUCACACACAUACACAAACGUACAUACAAACACGUCUAAGCACAGGUGCAUUUAAGUAUAAAUACACUAAUACACACAUACAUACGUACACACUUAAAUAUACACAUGCAUAUAUAUUCAUUCACACAUUCGUAUACACCCACAUACAAACUAUCACGUAUAAACACAGUUGUGUGAUCGCUAGUAUAAAUACACACACGCAUACGUACAUACACACAUACAUACAUACAUACAUACAUACAUACAUACAUACAUAUGCAUACCUACACACAGAUGUACAUCUCGCGAACACAGACAAACACUCACAUCUCUACCGUCGCACACACGCACCCUGCUCUACUCACAUGUCUGUCUUUAAAAGUUUUCUUACGACGCGCGAAGUUAUUCGAAGAUUCCACACAACUAUUAUCUCACACACGAUACAAAACAUCCAUACAACUGUUUUAAUAUCCGAGUUUAUUACCAUAUUUUAAUACCAGGGAUAUUCCAUGGAUAAAAAAUUCUUCAAGCUCCAAAAUGAUAAAAUCAGAUUCGUAGAAACGCAAGAUUUUCCACCUCUGUCUUGUAGGCAAGAAGAUGACAUAUCCGAGUACGUGAACAUAGAAUAGGAAAUCAAGCAUGAAACAACUAUUCAACGACUGGAAACUUCAUUAUCUUCCAGCUUUCAAGAGGAUAUUUACAGAGUGAAAAUCACAAGAAAAAGAAGAAAGAAGAAAAGAGAAAAGAAAAAUACUGACAAAAAGAAAGAAAGAAAGAAAAAAAAAACUAGAUAAAAGGGUGAAAGAAACGAACGUUGUCAGAAUAAAGGAGCAGAAAAUAGUAAAAAUCAGAAAGGGCAUUGUAAUUAAGAGUAAAUCUGUCUACUUAUCGGACUGCUUACAACAAUCAAAAUGAAUAUCAGCAACAGCAACACCGCUUAUCCAGAUACAUAUUUCCCCAAUGACUCGUUUAAUGAAACCGAAAGUCUUAUGGGGAGACCUAACCUGAUUAUGUGGCAGCCCUGGGUUCAGUCCUUAUGUAUUCUGCUAUAUAGCUUAAUAUUUUUGCUUGGAUUAUCCGGAAAUUCUCUCGUUGUGUACGUGGUUUUGAGAAAUCGAGCAAUGCAAACGAUCACAAAUAUUUUCAUAACGAACCUUGCUAUAUCCGACAUCCUCAUGUGCUUACUAGCUGUGCCCUUCACCCCUAUAGGAUAUUACAUGACGUCGUGGGUUUUCGGAGAGACAAUGUGUCACUUGGUCCCUAUGACAUUAGGACUGAGCGUUUAUGUUUCGACUUUAACCUCGACCGCCAUUGCAAUUGAUCGUUACUUCGUUAUCGUCUACCCAUUUCGACCCAGGAUGAAAAAGGUCACUUGUUUACUUCUGCUUAUAGCUAUUUGGAUCAUAUCGAUCUCAAUAUCUUUGCCGUUAGGCAUUUAUCAGCAAGUUGAUACAAAGGAAAACGGUACAAUAUACACAUGUGAAGAGAACUGGCCCCGUAAGCAGUCACGACAGUUUUUCACUUUGACAAGUUUGGUACUUCAAUACAUCGUGCCUUGCUGUAUUAUUGCUUACUGUUACACCAAAGUCUCAAAUGUCCUUAAAAUGAGAACCAAAAUGAAAAUUUCAAUGGGCUCGAAAUCCCGAGAAAAAGAUGAACUUGAAAUUAGAAGGAAGAGACGGACCAAUAACAUGCUAAUUGCGAUGGUCUCGAUAUUUGUCUGUUGUUGGCUACCUUUAAACAUUUGGCAUUUGGCUACAGAGUACCAAGAAUUUCUUGAAAAGUGGGAGUAUUAUAUAUUAAUAUUCUUUAUUGCUCACAUUAUUGCCAUGAGUUCCACAAUGUACAAUCCGUUCUUAUAUGCUUGGAUGAACGAUAAUUUCCGUAAAGAGUUUAAAACGGUUGCCCCAUGCCUAUUUCCCUCGUCCCCCGAGCCAACCUCAAAUGGUAAUUUCACUCAAUAUACCAGCAUUGUUGAAUCGCAUCCACCAAGCCACUAUAACCCUCAAUCGAAUCGGAAAAACGAAAACGAAAACGAAAACGAAGGCCCAGCAAAUGCAUAUUUUGAUUCCAAUACAGAGAAAGUACACCUAAAUAUUGAAGAAGAUGAAGAAGUAGCUUAAACAAGAAGUUCAGUGUUUCCGAUUUUCAAGUGAGAGGGCUUCAAAGUCUGCUUAACGAUUAUAAUGAUGAUAUACUAGAGUAAGUUAAGAAAUGGCAUGUUUGGCAUCGACUCUUGAAAUAUUCUUGUUAAACCGAACCCAAGCCAAUGGUGUUUUUCGAACGCAAAGUUAUAAAAAAUUGUUUGGAUUGGGAUAACAUACGUACAGAAAAUACUGAAUA